AUGGAGGAACACACUUCACCUGAAGAUGUUGUUAAAGAUUCAAAUAGUUCUGUGAUUCUUCAGAAGCGAAAUGCAUCGGCUUUCAUAGCACACACACACCACACACACACACACACACACACACACACACACACACACACACACACACACAAAGGCAAAGUAAAUAAACAAGGCAGUGGCUGCGACAAAUGUCUUUUAAUGGCUGAAAACUAG